AUGACUUCCCACCUCUCCACGUCGAUCUUGACAAAGGUAGAUGGCUCCUCACAGCUCACUGUAGGCGGCACAAAGGUCGUGGUGUCUGUAACUGGCCCCAUCGAGCCGAAAUUACGUCACGAACUUCCAACCCAAUCCAGUUUCGAAAUCAUAAUUCGUCCUGCUGUUGGUGUUUCUUCCACCAGAGAAAAACUAAUGGAGGAUAAGCUUUUGUCGCUCCUUCAGAAUGUGAUAGCUCGGUUCCAGAACCCCAGACAACUUAUUCAAAUUGUUAUACAGUUUCUCAUCACCGAACCUAUACCGAACCAUUAUACCAAUUCCCAGCUAAGUGCCGCUGCCAAUGCUUGCUACUAUGCUUUAAUAGAUGCCAAUGUGCCACUACUUUGCUCAUUUGCUGCUGUGCCCAUUGCUAUCUACAAAAACGAAAUAAUUGCAAAUCCUGCUCCGCAAGUCAUCACCGAAAGCGAAUCGAACCAUGUAGUCUGUUAUGGGAUCCACGACGCCAAAGCAGACUCGUUGUUGCUUGUGGAGAGUCAGGGAAGCUUUACAAGCGAACAGCUCUUUAAAGUUUUGGAUAUUGCUCAAAAGGAAUGCGAAAGUGUUCACCAAGAGCAGCGCACAUAUUUACAGGAGAAAGUUUCCCAAGACUUUAUUUGGAAACAAUGA